CUACCCGUGGUCUGAGGAGAUCCGAAGUGGCGUUUAGAAAUAACGUGACCGUGACCUUAGCGUCACUAUCUCAGAAGGGCAGAUUGCGGGGUCAAAACUUGGAGGUUCAACCUCAACCUCCUCUAAUUAUGUCUUUGCUACCCCUGUACUAUCGCAAUAUAGCACGUCUCAAUUACCCUUUCCUCUUUGAUCAAGAUGCGGCUCCUAAACUCGACAAGUUUCGAGCUCGCUGAGUUCGUGGGCGAUGACAUCCCAACGUACGCCAUCCUCUCGCACACUUGGGACAUUGAAGAAGUUACCCUCGGCGAUAUGAGGCGGCGAGACUUCGAUCACCUAAAAGGAUUUGCCAAAAUCAAGGGCUGUUGCGAGCAAGCGGCACAAGAUGACUUGCAGUGGGUGUGGAUCGACACGUGUUGCAUCGACAGACUAUCAAGCGCGGAGCUGUCCGAGGCUAUCAAUUCCAUGUAUCGGUGGUAUCAAAACGCCGAGGUCUGCUAUGUUUAUCUAUAUGAUGUCCCUCCACCAGACCCGUUCUUGGACAAGCACCUCUUCCAGAACGCUCGGUGGUUUACCAGAGGGUGGUGUCUGCAGGAGCUCAUUGCUCCACGAGAGGUAGAAUUCUACGCGGAAAACUGGACGGAGUUGGGAACAAAGUGGAGUUUAUGGCAGGCCAUAUCCGAAACAACUUCCAUCCCGGUCGCUAUUCUUCUUCAAGACAAGCGACCUGCGGAUUUUCCCAUCGCCCAACGCAUGUCAUGGGCAUCGAAGCGGAACACGACGAGGGAGGAAGACAUGGCGUAUUGUCUGCUGGGCAUCUUCGAUAUCCACAUGCCUCUUCUCUAUGGAGAAGGUCGGAGGGCAUUCAUUCGACUCCAGGAAGAAAUCAUGAGGCGAGGAGUGGAUUACAGCAUCUUCCUUUGGCGAUCAAACGCGUUUCAUGAUACCACAGGACUUCUUUGCGAUUCCCCUCACUACUUUCCAACAGACGGAGUACCCAUAAGAUCCGGGGGUUUCUGCAAAUAUUCCGGUAUCGUGGCAUCCAAGAUUCCCAUUCAAAACGGGCCUGAACAUACCAAGCCACCUGAGGUUACCCCACGCGGUCUUCAAAUGACCCUUCCCACCAAGGCGUCUGCGGGUGGUUCCCAGCUGGCUUGGAUUUACCUAACGCACAACGACGGCCUUGUUUGCAUAAUUUUAAGCCUACAGCAAAGCGACUAUAAAUACCACAGAGUCAGGGUGGGCUGUGUUGAGAUAGUCGGCAAGGGAGACUUGGAGAGCUUCCAAACCGAAUACAUGUGUAUGGCCAUCUUUACGGAACUUUCUCUCCCGAAGAUCCCAAUGCAAACGCUGGAUUUCAAGCUUUGGAUGAAGUCAACGGCAGAUGAGAAGCUGUCCAUCAUCGACAUCUAUCCCGAGUGCCACUUGGACCAUCGAGAGGACGGCUCAUAUGGUAUGCAACUUAACCUAGUUGCUUGCCCCGAGUUAUUCAUCAUGGUAUUCGGCGUGGAACAAAACUCAGCAACCCAUCGAUUUGUUGCAGCACUCAAUAUGUUCCAUGGUCAUUGGGCUUGCAAGAUCCGCAAAUUUGAACCCGAUGUACCGCUUGAAACAGUAGCAGAGGAAGUGUGGAAAUUGGGGCCCGAGGAAGAGGAGGGCGACAGAGCUAUUUCACGCCUGCCGAGCGGUACCUAUGUUACGGUUGCUUCGAAAAGGAGAUCGCAAAGCUGCCGAUCUCAUAUGUAUGUUUCCUUGAUACCUGCAAACUAUGCUGCGGACCUUCAUUUGCUGCGGACUUUUAUCCCCAAGCAGGUCAAAUGGGCGCGUGGGCAAUCAAAAGACGCAGAGUCAUAAGCGCGAUAUCAUACCUAUACCCGUAUUUAUAGCUUUCUACCCUUGAUGAAUAGUCAAUUUGAGCCAAGAGAUCUGCUUAUACCAUCUUCAGUCAGUAUCGUCUACCAAACUCGGGUUCAUUGAGGCUCAAGAGUAGGACCUGCAGACCGUGACAGUGGGACAUACUCUUCUAUCCUGCCAUCAUACAAUCCAAUCAGGACACAAUCACCACGAAUAGACUGUUUGGUAUGGACUGAGGAAUAUUCGCUUGUUGCACGAGGGCCCUUAUUAAUAGACAGUAAUGCCGGCGAAGGGAGGAACUACAAAACGG